AGGGAGAGGUGAAACGGUGCGUUUUGGGUAGUAGCUACGGGAGUCAGGUAGAGAGAGAAAACGCGAAGGCUUUCUUCAACUCUCUCUCACUCAGAGGGUCUUUUAGCCCUAAGACUUGGCGUCGACUCAGCCGAACUGUGUUGAUCCUUUCCUUCAGGAUCGUGGUUAUGGCUUGCUUGCGUGGUAUCUCGAAGAGAGUUAAUCUCUUACAGAGACGAGUUUACCCAACGUGUGGUCAUCUAAUCAGUGAUGAUAGAGAUGAAACUAAACCAAGUUCUGAUACAAUGAUUCGUAAAGUCUUUGCCUUUAAUGGGGCUAACACGCUUACCUCAAUGUUUAUGGAGAGGCAAUGUGCUGCUGGUCCGUUGGGUCUUGGAUUGUCUUCGUGUCGGUUUAUGAGCUCUUCUACUACACCACCGGAAUGGUCUGAUAAAGUUGAUGGUAUCGACUUUGUUGCGCCUGAAGUUGUUCCUGAUCAAAUCGUUGAAGCUGUGACGACGACAAGCCAAGCUGUUGUUCCUGCUGUCAACGAGGUUGCUAUUGCAGCUGCGGAUUCUGCUUUCCCUGUUGCUGCUUUGCAGCAUUUGAUUGAUGGUGUUCAUUCCUUUACUGGUUUGAACUGGUGGGCUUCGAUAGCUUUGACUACUGUGCUCAUUCGUGGUGUUACAGUUCCCAUUCUCUUGAAUCAACUCAAGGCUACUUACAAACUCAAUCUUCUGAGGCCUCAACUUGAGGAGUUAAGACAAGAGAUGGGCACUAAGGGUACGGAUCCUGAAGCCAUGGCAGAAGGCCAAAGACGGAUGCAGUUAUUGUUUAAACAGCAUGGUGUAACUCCGUUUACACCCCUCAAAGGACUUAUUAUUCAAGGUCCCAUCUUCAUCAGCUUUUUCUUCGCUAUCAGGAACAUGGCCGAGAAAGUACCGUCAUUUAAAACCGGUGGAACUCUCUGGUUUACUGAUCUCACCACUGCAGAUACUACAUAUAUCUUGCCACUUCUCACCGCCAUCACUUUCAUAAUUAUGGUGGAGUCGAACAUGCAGGAAGGUAUGGAAGGGAAUCCCGUAGCUGGAACUAUGAAGAAAUUCUCAAGAAUCAUUGCCUUUCUCUCUAUUCCAAUUCUGAUGGGCAUUGAGAAGGCAUUGUUCUGUUACUGGCUCACUUCAAACCUGUUUACUCUUGGGUAUGGAUUAGCACUAAGACGUCCUGAUGUGAGGAAGCUCUUGAAUCUCCCGGAUGCUGUCACCUCUUCUUCCACCGGGCAGCCAAAGCCGCCUUCGCCUAUUCCAUUUUCCUUUGAGCAGCCAAAAGACCAAAGUGUUGUUGGUCAUGAAGAUCCUCCUAUGUCUUCCUCCGAAGAUCCUUCUAUGUCUUCCUCUGAGUCAUCUUCGAGUGUUCCAGAGAGAAAAAUCUCAAGGAGUUCAGUGCUGAAUCAGAGAAUCAGAACUUUGGAGAGACAACUCAAGGACCAAAAGAAGAAGAAGUGAGAGACUCUUUCUUUUCUUUUCAUGUUCAAGUUGUCUUGCUUGAAAACUGGCUGAGAUACUAUAGACGGAGAAGGGAUUAAAGGUUUUGAAUAUUGAAGGCAACAAUCAAGUCAUAUGGAUCUCACUAUCUUAUAUACAUUCAGUCUCAUUGCUUACAUCA